GCUCUUGAAGGCCGGGCCUCGGCGCCCCAAUACCUGACCGGAAGUAAACACAACUGGGCAGGAAGUGACGAUACGCCGCAGCGGAUCCCACCCUCUCACCCCAGUUUGGGUCGAAGACCGGGCCCGAAGCGCCCAAGCGGGCAAGAGGAGCGACCCGGCGCCGUGGGGCUCUUUCGGCCGCCGGAGGGUCUGAAGGGCUGCGGGCGAGGCUGGCUUCCCCCGGAAGAGGGUUCGGAUCACCAGACUCUGAAUAGCCCACGAGCAACAUCCGGGGUCUAAUCUUCUGAUGCAUAACAGCGGAGAGAAAUGAAGGGACAGCAAAAGGCUACAGAGACGGAAGAAGGUACAGUGCAAAUCCAGGAAGGUGCAGUGGCGACAGGUGAAGAUCCCACCAGCGUGGCCAUUGCCAGCAUCCAGUCAGCCACGACCUUUCCUGACCCAAACAUCAAAUAUGUCUUCCGAACAGAGAACGGGGGUGCUCAGCUGAUGUAUAGGGUGAUACAGGUGGCUGAAGGGCAGCUGGACGGGCAGACAGAGGGCUCUGGCGCCAUCAGCGGCUAUCCUGCCACGCAAUCCAUGACACAGGCUGUCAUCCAAGGUGCGUUCACCAGCGAAGAUGCCGUUGAGACAGAAGGCACAGCCACCGAGACGCACUAUACAUACUACCCUGCCACUGCGGUGGCUGACACCAGCACUUCGGCUGGCCAAGGGACCACAGCCACCGCUGUGGUGACGACCCAGAAUUCGGACGCCUUGCUGGGGCAGGCCACACCAACUGGCACCGGGCAAUUUUUUGUCAUGAUGUCACCACAGGAGGUCCUGCAGAGUGGAACGCAGAGGUCGAUCGCCCCCAGGACUCACCCCUAUUCCCCGAAGUCCGAAGCUCCACGAACGACUCGGGAUGAUAAACGCCGAGCACAGCACAAUGAAGUGGAGCGCCGGCGCAGGGACAAAAUAAACAACUGGAUUGUGCAGUUAUCCAAGAUUAUCCCAGACUGUUCGAUGGAGAACACCAAAUCUGGACAGGAUUGCUCUUUGCAGAGUAAAGGCGGGAUCCUGUCCAAAGCUUGUGACUACAUUCAGGAGCUGAGGCAGAGCAAUCUCCGACUGUCGGAUGAGCUUCAAGGUCUUGAGCAGCUGCAGGUGGACAAUGACGUUUUGCGGCAGCAGGUCGAAGAUCUGAAAAACAAGAACCUGAUCUUGCGAGCCCAGCUGCGCCAGCACGGCAUGGAGAUCAUCAUCAAGGACGCCCACUGAUCAGCAGCGGUCGGGCGGGGCCCUGCUCGGAUCACUGCACUCUUUGCCACAGCGGAAGACGGGGAUCCUUUGUCCCUACCCCUCACCCCACCCCAGUGCUUCCAAGCCAGGCUCCUAUUCUGUUGAGCAGAACCAGAAAGCAGUGAGAUCGGGCUGGGACCAGGGACUGGGCUUGGAACUCUGCCUUGCUGCCUCGGCUGGCCCCCUUCGAGCCGGAUGCUGCCUCUCUCGACAAAGUACUGCUUGUUUUGUAGCCGACUGGGUUCCCAGGUUGUGUCCUUUCUUCUGACCGUUUGUUCCCUUGCCUCUCUGUCUCUCCCCCCCCCCUUUGUUUUGGCUGAGUAUCAGCACACAUCUGGGCACUCCCAACUACCUGGCUCAUUUACACCUGCAUGCAAAAUCACGUAGUCAAGUUUCACGCUCCCAUAUGUAUCUCCUCCACUUGCCCCUUUAUAAGUUCCAAAAGCUCCGCAAUGGUCAUGCCAAGAGGCACCUGAUCCUGUCAAGCCGUGGGGCUGAGCUUGCUCGUUCAGUUUGUGCUUGACCUUUUGGGGGGCCCCUUCCAGCCAAGUCUGGGCUUUAACCCUUUUGAGCACAGAUGGCUGCAACUGGGGAUCUUGCCUGUUAACCUCUGCCCUCACCACUGUAAGGCCAUGAUAGAGAGGGGGAGCCCUGCUGAUCCUCAAAGAGCCCAAGCUGGUGUUUGGGACACCUCUUUCAUGUCCUCCUGCACCUUAAUCUGAAACCCCCACCCACCCACCCACCCAGGUGAUUCACUUCAACCUUGAACCAUGGAAGCCAAGUGCAAAGGAGGUGAGUGUGCCAGAAGCAGAAGCCGUUUUCCUCUCGGAGGCACUUUGGGAUACUAAUGUAGUCAAUUUUCCUCUUCCUCACUCCCCCCCCCUUUUUUUAAGUAAUAAAAUUCUAAGUUUAAAAAAGUA